AUGAAUGAUAAUACCAUUAUUAAAAACACAAAACUUCCUUUGCUCCCUUCAUUAUCUAAUAUUGGAGGCGAUCAUAACACUAUCUUCGAUGAUAGUACAGAAUUUUCUUGGAUCUAUUGGUUAUUCGACACUGUAGAUAAUAGUGAAAAUAAUUCUACCUUUAAUUUAGUUGAAGCAUGCAGUUUAAAAAAUGUCUAUAAAAUAAAUAAUAGUUUUGAUCAGCUAAAUACAUAUAAAAAUAUACAAAGACCUGAUAUCAGAGACUUAUCAUUUUGUGGAGACUUUUUAGAAGUUGAUGAAGAUAUGAAGCCACUUCGUUUGGACAUCCUGGAAAAUGAUUUUAACCA